GGGAGACGUGAUUCGAACUAGUGAGUUCAUGACCGAGAUUAAACACCUGUCCACCGAGCCACUGAUGCCGGAGCUGACUCUACAACAAUUAACAUAAACUUUUUAUUUAGCAGUUUUAAACGACAUCAGUAUACCCUGAUAAAACCCUCGCUCAGUUAUUUCUGUUCGUCUUCAUCUCUUUCCUCGACAGCUUCUGAUCCCCACAACUCCAGCCUGAAAUGGAUCCGUGGGUUGAUGUCCGUGCUAAAAUGACUGCAUUGGAACAAAAUCUUGAGGCGUAUGUUGAGGAUGGACCUGAGUGGCCUUACACAGUGGUUGGAGAGAACUACAUCGUGUACGAGGUGAUGCCGAACGCUCCGGAGUCCGGUACUCUGGUGAAGCAUGGAACUGAGAUUGAAGCUCAAGAAGCCCUCCGAGCACAGCAGUCUUUACAGCCGGUGAGGUAUAUUAAUAAUGGAAUCAGUUUCCCGUUAGUGUUUCGUGGGGUUUACAUCGGGUUUGACGAUUGGGUCAGAAGAUUCAGUGCCAAUCCAAUUGCCGGGGAGGGAGUGGUCAAUAUCGUCGGCCGUCAGUUGAGCCGUGGCAAUCGACCUAAUUUCCACCUUCUUGCCGGGGAGCGGGUGCUCAAUCUCCUCCGUCAGAUCACCAAACCGGUGAGGAAGCAGUUUUUGGGAGGUCAGGAAUGCUUCGUCGAUUUGCGAAAUUCCAUAGGAAUCACAGAGAACGACGAAGUCGUGUACCUGAAAGGACCACAAGGUGGGAUGGAUUUCAUGGACAACACCAUUGCGUUGGAUGAUAUAGCAAAAGUCCUGGUUGAUUGUUUGACACAACUCGCACAAGUCGCUGGGAUGGACCAGGACAUAAAUCCCACUAUUAAUAUUUUGCAACAAUUCCAUAAUUAUAUAGGAAACCGGUAUUUUUGGUGGAUGACAAGCUGCCCACAAUUUGACGCAGAUCAAAGGUUCAAUGCUCAAAUGUUUGCUCUUUUUCACCCCGCUACACUUGAUGAGGAUGAGCAUCUUCGUUUAUUCACCAAUCUUGGGCGGCUGGCAGAUGAAUCGAAAGGCACCCCACAUUGUUUGUGCAGUAAUAAUGACUUCAAACAGCAUAUAACAUUCAGCAAAAUCAAGUGGUGGAUGUCUGAUGUUGCUUCUGAUCCUGGUCUGUACGGAGUUCUGCACUUUUCACGUACAUAUAAGAGAGAAGAAAUCCCUAUAUUUUGUGAGAAUUCUAUGAAGCAUCAUUGGGAGCAUGUCAAAGCAUUGUCGUUGUCAAAGAAAGAAGUGAUUCAGUUACUGUGUCAGCACAUUGAUGGACUGGCUAAUGAAAUGUUUACAGCAUACUCACGAGCUGUCAUGCAUGGUGGUUACACCCAUAAGUAUUCUGCAAAAUACAUUAUGACAGAGGAUGUUUAAGAUUGACAUUGAUGCAGCAGAUGUGCAGUUGCAUUAUAAAUGACUAAAUGGAGUUUUGGACGUUUGAGUAGCUUCUUGUUGCAAGUUCCAGUAGUUUGCUUUUUUACCCUGUAGUUUGCUGUAGUUUGAAACUUUGAAUUGCUUAAUGCUUAUUGUUAUUUUUGUGUCCAAGUUGUGCUGAGUUUUGGAAAAACUUAGAAUCUUGGGAAACGG